GCCUGAGGGAGACCCGCGCCGUUGCUAUGGCGACGGCAUCCGCUCCUGCGCUGCGGCUUGCAGGAAGCGCGGAGGCGAAGGAGGAGGCUUAUCCCAGGAAAAUGGAAUCAACAGUGGAGAAAGUGGACUCGGCAAAGAGAAGUCAGCAUGAGACCUUGGCGUCUCAAGAGGAACCAGCAACUUCCAAUCCUCUCCUGAGAGCUUGUCUAUCUGGUGACACAGAGGGAGUACAACAGAUUUUUGAGGACCUGGAAGAUCCUGAUCAUGAAAAAGCCAAUCGGCUUUUAAUGGAAAAGGAUAUUGUGGGCAGAGGCCUGCUGUAUGCAACCUGUAUGGCUGGGCAGAGUGACGUCAUCCGGACACUGGCAAGAUAUGGGGUUGAUCUGAAGGAUAAGACGGCACGAGGUUAUACACUCCUCCACUGUGCUGCAGCCUGGGGCCAACUAGAGACUUUGAAAACUCUUAUAGAGCUGGAAGCUGACAUUUAUGCAACCACCUCCCGGGGUGAAAAGGCUAGAGAUAUUGCCUGCCGAUAUGAGCAGACAGAAUGUGUUGCUUUCUUGGAUUGGGCAGAAGCCAAGCAGAAUUUACGGAACUUGAUCUUCCAAAUCCAGACAACAGUCACUGAUCCUGAGAAAGUUCAGGGAAGGCUUAACAAAGAAGAUAAGAAUAUUUCUCUGAAGGCCUGUCAAGCCAAGUCAGAUUGGCUUGAAAACACAAAAGAGGCUACUAUGGAAGAUUUUGUGGAGCAGAAACAGUUGCUGGAGGAGAUAAUGCUUCCCAUCUUCACAAAGUUGGCUACACCACGUGUGCAAGACUCCGUCAACAAAAAAAUGGGGACUCCUUUAGAACAUUAAAGUUUUUCAGUCAAC